AGAUUGGAGAAACCCUGCGAGAGUAAGCCCAUGACUCUAACCAAGUAUAUCCCCAAAUUUCAAUUCUCUCAACCCCAUUCCACCCCCCUUCACACGCCUCAACCACAAUCAUGCUGGACACACAUCCAACUCCAUCACUGGUAGCCCUAGCCCUAGUCCUUGGACUCCUCCUCAUACUUCCCUUCCUCCUCAUCCCGCAAUUGAAGGGAUGGACCAAGCAGUCUUCACUGCUACCACGCCUCAACCAACUCUGGCGCUGGCGCCGCCAAUCCAGUGAGAUCGUCUCGCUGCGCAUGUACCCCAUUAAAUCUUGCCGUGGCUUCGAGGUCCAAUCAGCCAUCUUAAAAGAACACGGUCUCGAUCUCGAUCGGCGCUGGAUGCUCGUCGAUGCGUCGACACACGAGUUUCUGACGAUCCGUCAGAUUCCAGAUAUGACGCGCAUUGGCACGGGCUUAAGUGCCGAUGGAAGUGAAUUGAUAGUCACCAUCCCGUCCAAGAGUACUACCACCGACAGGCCUGCCAUGCACACCGUGCGUAUCCCUUCCCAUCCAUCCCCCGAAUGGCUGGAAGCCAAUACUGUCGUGGCACCGGUCAAAAUCUGGGAUAACAACACGGACGGAUACAUCUACGGCGAUGCUGUCAAUGCCCCGUUCUCCGAGUUUAUGGGCCGCCCCGUUGCACUGGUAUACAAGGGUCCGACACAGCGCGUGCUAAAAGGCAAUGGCGCCCCCGAAUUGCUUGGUCGCGUCCAGACUACCGGUUUCCCGGACGUAUUCCCCAUUUUGAUUGCCUCGGAAGCAUCACUGGCUGAAUUGAAUACUCGGCUUCGUCGCGUGGACGUUGAUCCAAUUGCUGUCGAGCGUUUCAGACCGAAUAUCAUCGUACGUGGUGAGAAGCCCUGGGUCGAGGAUUCGUGGAAGACUGUGCGCAUUUGCAGUUCGACUAGUAAGAGUGCCUCGGAUGAUGGGAUCUCCCAACAACAAGUCGAUCAUGUACCGAUUGACCUGGAUAUCGUUGCUCGCUGUGCGCGCUGUCAGGUACCGAAUGUUAACCCGGAUACUGCUGUGAAACAUAAGAAACAGCCUUGGGAUAUGCUGGUUUCGUAUCGUCGCGUUGAUGAGGGUAUCAAGUAUAAGCCUUGCUUUGGGAUGUUGGCGGCGCCGAGAAGUGAAGGGACUGUGGAGGUGGGGAUGAAGUUGGAGGUGCUGGAGGAGACGAAUCAACAUCGGUAUAUUACUGGAUUUUGAGUUUUUGGUGGAUCUGAAGAAAAUGUGGGAUGUGCACCACUAUCGUGACAGUCACUAUUUGAUUCGAUCUAGAUUAAGAAGAAUCAUUUCCGUCCAAGUGAAAACGGAGGUCAUCUUUUCGAACGACUGAGGGCCUAGCACAGCAGCGAUGUCCAUCACUUUCCCAAGCAUACAAUAGACAGAACGAAUCUCCAAAGAAGUCACUCACAAGAAUGUGAGACAUUGUUUACAUAUUUCCUCCCAUCUCGUCAAUCAAAGCAAGAUAACAUUCUCCAAGAUCCCUGUUUCGGUCUCAGAGCGGAAGGUACGAUGUCACCAGUAGGAAAUUAAGAUUGAUCGAUCCCUGACCCAGCUCUUCCAACCUAAGCAUCACAUAUAAUAAUAUCAUACUAUCAUCAAGGCCUAUAAAUAACACGGACAUCAAGAUCGCCUGCGCUGAUCUUGUCUUCGGUGGGAUGUCCUUGCCCGGCGAAACGCAGUUGAAGAAGCUCG